CCCAGUGAAACAUUAUGACUUCACUUGCUUUAUUUUCUUUGCUUUGCUCUAUCAGUGUCCUAACUUUAACUGAUAGCUCACUUUCCGGCAUCACCACUGCAGCUCCACCAACAGCCUCAAAAUGCAAUCUUCUAAACAGCUUCCAGCCAGGAUUUUUUGUCCAGGGUGACUAUGUCAUUGGUGGAAUUUUCCCCCUUCAUUUUAAUCUGAAAAAGCCAGACCUUAAUGGCACCUACAGACCACCACCAAUAGAUUGCAAUGGCCACAGACUUUAUCCCAGGGCUUUCCGCUGGGCUCAGACUAUGAGACUGGCAGUGGAGGAGAUAAACCAGAAUCCAGUGCUGUUGCCGAAUCACACUCUGGGCUACAACAUCUAUGAUUCAUGUGGAUAUCCACUGACAGGACAGAGAGCUGUUUUAUCGAUGCUGAAUGGGGUGAGUGAGGAAAACUCUUCUGUCUGCACAAAUGCCUCGUCACUCCUCGCUGUGAUUGGGGCUGCUGGAUCUGCUCAAUCUAUUGUUUUGUCAAGAAUCCUGCAGCCAUUCAGGAUCCCCAUGAUCAGCUACGCUUCUUCAUGUACAUGUUUGUCAGACAGACAAAAAUAUCCAACCUUCUUCAGAGUAAUUCCUAGUGAUUACUACCAGGUGAAAGCCAUUGCACGGAUGCUAGUACACUUUAACUGGACUUGGGUGGGGCUGCUGCGAGGAGACAAUGAUUAUGGCCUUUUUGCUGCAAAAGGUUUACUGAAAGAAUUACAGGAAACCAAAGUAUGUGUAGCGUACCAAGAAAUGAUUCCUCUGCCCUACACUCACCAGGGGGGACUAAGGAUAAUGAAGGUGAUGCGUAGCUCUACUGCAAAAGUGGUGGUGGUUUUUGCAAACGAGGGGGAGAUGACAACUUUCUUGAGAGACUACAUAACUCAGAACAUCACUGGAAUACAGUGGGUGGGGAGUGAUGCCUUUAUCUCAGUAUCAGCCUUUUCAGAGAGAGAGUAUUACCCUUACUUGGGAGGAACCAUUGGGUUUGGCAUCAAAAAAGGUCAUAUCUCCAGACUGGGUGACUUCCUGCAGACAGUAAACCCUAACAGAUAUCCUGACAAUGUCCUGCUGCAACACUACCUCCAGGAAGUGAACUUCCAGAUUGCUGGUGAGGAGGUGGACUUUGAUGCCAAGGGCGACUCUGUACCCUAUUAUGAUAUUGUCAACUGGCAGAGAGGCUCAGAAGGAAACACUGAAUUUAUCGAUGUGGGUUUGUUUGAUGGAACCAAGGCUGUUGGAGAGGAGCUGUUGAUCCAGGAGGAUAGGAUAAUGUGGGCAGGACAUCAGAGUGAGGUGCCAGUAUCUGUGUGCAGUGCCAGUUGUCUUCCAGGCUUCCGGAAGGCUGUCCGUCGUGGGGAGCCUAUCUGCUGCUUUGACUGUGUACCAUGUGACAGUGGCAAAAUUAGUAAUCAGACAAAUUCAGUAGAUUGUACAAUUUGUCCUGAGGACUUCUGGUCAAACAACGACAGAACAGCCUGCAUCUCCAAGAAAGUGGAGUACUUGACCUUUGAUUCAUUGGGAAUAGCCCUAACAGUGAUGUCUGUGGUGGGCGCCUGCUUCACUCUGGCUGUCUGUGGAGUCUUCUUCUGUCACAGACACACAGCCAUCGUCCGUGUGAAUAACUCUGAGCUCAGUUUCUUCAUACUGUUUGCACUGACUCUGUGUUUCCUGUGUUGUCUGCUUUUCAUUGGAAAGCCAACAUAUUGGUCCUGCAUGCUGCGCCACACUGCCUUUAGCAUCACAUUUUCACUGUGUAUUUCCUGCAUCCUGGGGAAGACCCUGGUGGUACUGGCUGCAUUCACUGCCACCAGGCCAGGGCACAACAUCAUGAAGUGGCUGGGGCCUAAUCAGCAGAGGACCAUCAUCUCCAGCUGCACUAUGGUUCAGGUGGUUAUCUGUGCUGCCUGGCUCAUUGAUGUUCCCCCGUUUCCAUCCAGAAAUACACAAUAUGAACGUUCAAAGAUCAUACUGGAGUGUAGUGUGGGCUCUAGCCUGGCAUUCUGGUGCGUUCUUGGAUAUAUUGGUCUACAGGCUUGUCUGUGCUUUGUAUUGGCUUUUCUGGCCAGAAAGUUGCCAGGGAACUUCAACGAGGCCAAGUUCAUCACAUUCAGCAUGCUGAUCUUCUGUGCUGUGUGGCUAGCAUUCAUCCCUGCUUAUAUCAGCUCCCCUGGAAAUUAUGCAGAUGCUGUUGAGUCAUUUGCCAUCUUGGCCUCCAGCUUUGGCUUAUUGUUCUGCCUGUUUGCUUCAAAGAGUUACAUUAUUUUACUGAAGCCUGAAAAGAAUACAAAACAGCACCUGAUGGGGAAAGAAAAGAAAUGAUGAAUCACAAAUUAACCCAAAUGUUUUGAGUCAGUAGCAAAUGGAUUUGUAGAUUUAUUUCAGUGACUUAUGGAGAACUAACCAUUAACAAACAACAAUCAUCAUCAUCAUGUUGUUUUGAUAUUGAUAUAUCUUUACAGAUAUGACUCUGUAGUAAAAUUGAUCCAAAUCACAAGGUGCAUUAUCUCAAGAGAGUUUAUAUAGUAAGACAUAAUCCUCACAAUAUUAUGAAUGAUUUUUUUUAUCAAUAAUAACAGUAAAUACACUAAAGAAGCAUGUACAAGAUCAAAAAAGAUGGUAGUCAAUUUGUUUGCUGUCAAGAAUAUUUGAUAACAUUGAACUUUCACAGGAUGCUUGCAGAAAAGCAGUAAUUACUAUAAUAAUGGUUCUUGGUGAUUUCCAUGGUAUAUCAUAAAUUUGUAUCAGCUCUCAGUAGUUAAAGAAAAGCUUCUUUAUACAGAGCAAAUAAAGACCAACUUAUGGUGAAAUACUUUGUAUCACAUAGAGUUGACAGAAAUAGUGCAACAAGAAGAUCAAGACUCCAACAAACUCACAUACUACAUACAUAUUAGCUAAUGAAACUUACUUGAAUUGCCUGUUAAACAACAUCGAUAAAUGGUCUGUGUUUAUAUAGCUCUUUUCUAGUCUACAGAUUUACUAUACACCCAUUAUUUCAUACUGCACAUCUUUCAUACCCAUUCACACACUGCUGCCACAGCCUAGCAGACUAGCAGAGCCACAAAUUGAACCCACAACCUACCUGUUCAAAGAUGACUAGCUCUACCACUGCAUAUCAUGAAUAUUGCAAGAGGUUUCUUCAAGUUCAACACUAUGAAAUAAAAAUUAUUUAACCCCUUCA